CGUUUUCCAUGUGUGUUGUUGUUGUUGCUGGAAGAGAAGGCGGGGCUUAUUUCUUGGUUCGGGCGUGGACUUUAUUGCCCUCCAGGCUUGGGAGCUAUUUUGAAAGUGACCCUCAAUCGGGCAGCCCACUCUGCAGCUGUCAGGAACCAUGACUGAAGAUGACGGAAUCGGUUGUCGUGGAGGGAUAUGCCAGACUUCGAGACGGGAAAAAGUGGAAAACUAGGUGGCUCGUUCUUCGUAAGCCGUCGCCUGUAGCAGAUUGCCUCGUUUUGCUGGUUUUUAAAGACAAGUCGGACAAAGCCGAGGGCAACAAGGAGCGCGCCACCGUCACCCUGGAGGACAUCUGCGGCCUUGAAACAGGACAGUGCUACGAGGACGUGGCCUUCACGCUGGUCAUUCUCUGCCUUAACCAGGCGGCGCUGCUGGGCUUCGACAGUAGGGACAACCUACAGGCAUGGGAGGGACACUUGCGUUACAGCCUUGGAGAAGUUCACAGGUUCAACGUUGGAGUCCUCGCGGGUACCAAGUUAGAAAGCGGACCAGCUACCCUUCACCUGUGCAACAACUUGUUGGCCCUCGUCCGAGACGUCCCACCUGUUGUCAUUGGACAUUGGAACCUUCCGGAUCUACGAAGAUAUGGGCCUGUACCCAACGGUUUUGUGUUUGAGGGAGGAACACGCUGCGGUUACUGGUCUGGCGUUUUUCUGCUCACGUCGUCUGAAAGUGAGCAGAUCAGCUUCCUGUUUGAUUGCAUUGUCCGAGAAAUCUCUCCCACCAGGGUUCCGUUUGGACUGAUGCCAAUCCUGCCAGAUCCUGGCACCAGUCAGACCAACUUUGAGGAAAAGUUGAACCACGAGACACAAGAACUGGAGAAGCGACUUAGCAUGCUCUCCAAUCAGAACAGCAUGGUGUACUCCACGUUCAGCAGCGACGACCGCAGCAUAUCGGGUUCAUCCGACACCUCAGACACCAGCCAAAUGGAUAGCAGCAUUUCCAGCCGUUUGGCCAUUUGGACUGAACUGCCAAUGGCAAAAAUUUCAGGCAACCACCCUAAAGUGGUAAGCGUGGAGAAGCUGUCUGCUAACCAGGGUGAUGGACAUAACCUGGAUGCCAAAGCUCCAAGACAGCUGCAGGAAAUUGGUCGGCAGAGCUCCUCGGAUAGCGGAAUCGCCACUGGGAGCCAUAUCUCGUAUUCUGGAAGUUUAUCCUCAUACACAGGGAGUCUAGACAUUUGUGAGGACUUUGGUUCAGUUUUUAGCCUGCCACCCCACUUAGCUCAAGAUAUGAGUCCUUGUUGUUGCGCCAAAGGUCCAGAAGGCGAGUACAAGGUACCCACAUCACUCAGGUAUCUGUAUGACACCCCGAGAAAUCUGAUCCAGGGGAAAGGUGGGCAAACGGUGGACACCAAUCACCAAAGUCCCCUGACAGAGUCCUUAAAAGGGGUUAUUUCAAAAACACCACUAGUGUGCUCGCAUAGGUCUUCCGGGGAGAGCGGCAUGAAGCGGAAUGACACUGAGUCCUGUCACUUGUUCAGCUCUCUUACAUCCAAAACGAUAGUGACCAUUUGUGCAACAUGCGGUGGGUUUCAGGGGACACCACCCCUCAUAAUCAACCUUGCCAGCGGGGCAAUGUUGCCUGCUGUACCAGCAGAUCGGAAUGUUGAAAAAUUAUCACCGCCCAGUUCGGACAGGCCGUCAUGCGAGGAACCGCUAAUGCCUAAAAAGGGGCGGGAGAAACUGGCUAGCCUCUUCAACGAACUCCUUCGCUACCCCAAAGAAUGGAAAUCCAACCGACGGAACUUGUAUGAAGUCAUGGUCCCCGCACCGUUAUACCCGCACCCCAUAACCCAACCGCCUGGCAAUUGUGCUUCGACAGUCAUUUACGAAGACUGCUUUAAGUGCCUGAAGGCACGCUGUCACUCGCCCCAAAAGGGCCCGCCUCUUGGAUUAAAAUGGAGUGGUAAAAUAUUCAGCGACUUGCAAAGUUUUUUGACUGGGCUGCAACUGACAAAAAGUUCAGAAGAUGAAGAUGCUAAAACGUUGCCCGGAUCCCAGAUGGUGGUUGGUGGUCAAAACCCAGAUGAGGACCAGAAUGGUCAGGCAUUGCACAGUGACGUCAGUUGGCCUUGUGUCAAAGAGGAGGGUCGGAGAGCUGAUCCCGCUUAUGAAAUAAUGGGGACAAACUCUGAGAGGGACGAAAACAAUAAGUGCAAGCUGAUGGUCAACUGCGGUCCGCAAAUGUUGUUGCAAGAAUCUGAAGGAACAACAUUCCCCAUGGAAGCGUCUCCUGCAGAAAGGCCUCGCAGUGCCGCUGUGACGUACGUCAAUAUUCCAGUGAGUCCAACGUCCAAGAAACAGCUCAACUACAUGGAGCUGGAGCUGCAAGAGCACAGUGCCCGAAGGUCCGCACCGAGGAAGAGUUCCACCAAAUAUGCCUACAUCGACAUCACGGCCACAGAGGCAGCCCACGUAGUGGGUAUCCAGCAUGCCUUGGGGCGCCAGGAGGGUCUCCACACCCUGGAGCUGAGGAGGAAGGGGUUGCCGCAUUGACCUUGUUAAUUGUAUGACAUUAAUUCUCAGCUUCACAUACCUGUUUAUACUAUUUGCGUGUGAUUUUUUUAAUGUAAUUAUUAUUGGAAUGAAAAACACUUUUCAUAUGUGUAGAUAUAUUUUGUUGUAACUGCUAAUUAUAUUUAACGAUCAUGUACUGUACGUAUGAGGAAAAAUACAUGGCUACCAUUUGUUCUAUUAUCAUUUAUUUUUAAUGCCAGUAACGACUUGUGCUAAUCAAACGUUAUAUAAGAAUAAUAAAAUAACUAAAAAAAACAUUUUAUAGUUUCCCCCGCCCCCACACUGAUGGCGUAAUGAAUAAUAAUAUAUAGAAAUGACCCAAAAUACAUUUAAAUGUGAUGAACACGUAAAUGUAAACAUUAUAUUAAAGUCUAUGGUGAAUGAAACAGGCAGCAGCAGGUGAAAUAAGUCCUUUCUUGGCAGCCAGCAGCCAUGAAAAUGUCUGCAUGGCCAAUUUGAUGAUGUGCUCAACGACUGAAAGAACAGAAAAGGCAGAAAGAGCAGCAACUCCAUUUUGUUUAUAAUUAUAAAGACUAUUUUCUCGUUUUGUCAAUCCCAUUGAUCAAAGUGUACUAAAAACAUAAAUUAAUAUCCCAAAUUUAACAUAAUGUAACAAUACUUCUUUUUUACUAUCUUAUUUAGUAAAAUAAAUUAAGUUCACCCUCCCAAAAACUGUAUCACUCAAAAUCGGGAAUAUAAAAGUAUACCUGUACAAGAUGAGCGCCGUUGAUCUUGUUGUCAGUUUUUUGCUGUAAUAUAACUAAUAACAACUUGAUUAGAGUUUGUCAUGAAGAAGCCACAUUUCCCUGCAAAAAUACUACACUUUGUUUAAGAAACAGCAUCUACACAAAUUGUAUAUUUUCCAUUGGAAAACAUUUUUUUUCCACAACUCUCCACUCGAAAUUAGUACAUUUUACCCAGAGGAACGCACUACAUUUACUUGUUACAUUUACCACAGGUACCUUUUGUGGGCUUACUUUACUGUGUCAGAAGAAGGCACUUUUCUUGUAGUUUGCAAAAGGUGUUCGACAAAAAUUAAACGGGGAGGUUUAAGACAAGAUUCAACACAAUCCAAUCUGAAAAGUCACCUUAAGAUGUGAAGAUUUGUGGAAGCAGUGCUAAACUGCCUGUGCUGCUACGUCGAGACCUAGCGUUAAUUGGGGUGACCACAGUAAACGUAAAGAUACAAGACUGAUGAGAAAGUGUUUAAAAAGAAAAGACCGAAGGCCAAAAGCAUGUGACCAUAAAAUGAGUAGUUGUUUAUAUUUAACCUCAUGGUUCAUCUGAAGGAACAGGCUUUACUUACUGUUUAUAAUUUGUUAGUGGGAAAAACUGAACAUUACUUUAACCCUGAUUUCUUUAUGUUGUGCAAUUGAAUGUUGCGUUUCUAAGGGACAGGCACUCAUUGCAUUAUUUUAUUAUGGUAAGGGAAAAAUAUCCAUCCAUUUCCUACCUGGGACAAGCGGUGGGGUUCUGAAGCCUGCAUGUCUUUGGAGGUGGGAGGAAGCUAGAGUUUCUGGAAGGGGCCCCACGGGUAGAACAUGCAAACUCCACAAAGAAAGAUCAUAGGACCGAAUCCAGGACCUUUGUAUUGUGAGGCACACUCACUAACCCCUGUUCCACCAUGCUGCCCCAGGUUAAUUAAUACAAUUUUUCAAUCAAGUGAUUUGACUCCGCUUGUUUCAUGUUGCAAUCGCCAAUACAGACUUGGGUUGUACGGUAUACCGGUACUACUGUAAUAAUGUACCGUGGUACUAACUGAUUGAAAUCGGUACUACACUGCCUGUGAAAAGUACCAGUACCGUUCUUUCACCUGCGGCAGUGACUACAGAGCCGAGGCUUAUGAUGUUGAGUGUGUCAAAACGCACACACAAAGUGCAUACAAGCAAUAACAUCUUGCAGAGGAAGAAUAGCAAAAAACGACAAUUCAACUAAUUAAUACAGAGGGUGUGUGAAAUACAAUAUGGAGAUAUUUGGACUUCAAAACUAACGAUAAAGGUGAACUUUAGACAAGGAAGCAAGUGUUGCUUUAAAGCACGCCUCGCCAAACGUGGUAUUUAGCAUUGCUACCCUUGUUUCAAACUUAGGUAAACAUUUAAAUAAUGCACAUUCAGAUCUGCACAAGCAGAUAUAAAGAGUGACCUGUAAUAAUGUAGUUGUUACACCUGUCCUGCUGUUUGGCUCCGGUGCAGACUGUCGUCAAGGAGCACAGGGUAGACGUUCCCUUCAGUUCACAAUGGGUCUGCUAAGCUCCGCUUUCCGGUCAGAAUUUGAGGCUGCCGAUUUGUAACAAACUGAUUGCUUUAUUAUUAGUUUUGCAGGACACAACCGCACCUGUUCAUAACUGUACUGCUUAGUGCAAGCGCUACCUCUCCCUCUCUUUACUCGUCCACUCACUCACUGACGUCACUCAGCCAACACGUUGCCAUUGUCUUAAACAGUCUCAUAAGUUAAUCAGCUCCCCUGAUAUACACAUGUAGAUACAGAACAUGUAGAUAUGUAGACAAACACACAGCUGCUUGGAUUGAUGCCAAAUAUUAGCGGAGUUAGGAUCGCCCAUCUAACAUCAACUAGUGCAAGUAAAAUAACUGAAUUUGGUAACAGAUUGCUACAAUUUGUGUUAUCUUUAACAAAUGUGUGUUUUACUUGCUACCUGACUUUUCUGUGUACAUUUAUACAUAGUCUGUUUUUUAGUACUUACUACCAUUGUAUUUUUCUUAAAGCAUAGACCAGGAUUGGCAACCAUAAGUCAUAAUUUAAUAUUAUGUUAAAGCUUUUUUAUUGUAUUAUAAUCCUUGAUUAUGGAAAAGUGCUAAUUGUUCUUUGAGUGCAACAAUAAACAAUGUGUUAAAUGCUCUUUAAUUAGAAUUUUAACCUUUUAAAAUUAUUAUUUGAGUGCAAUAGGAAACAUGUUUAUUGUAUUGUAAGAUUUUCUGUUAAAAUAAAGCAAAAUAUACAUUUU